CAGAGCUGGGAGAGGAGGAGCCAAUGGGUGUGGGACUCCAGACAAAGGAGACACAUACACACUGACACUGGAUCACUGCAGCUAAAAAGGGGAGUCAGACAGCUGGAGGGCUUCACUUCCAGCACAGGACACGAUCUUCAGCUUCUUCUGUGUGUGGAAAAGUUGUCGUCGGGAGGAAAAAGGGGAGGUUGUGUUGUGUUUGUGAGCUUGUGUGGAUCCAUUUGUGAGCUGAGAGAAGUUUGUGUUGGCACUGUUGUGGCCGUGUGGUGUGCUGCCUGCAGAGUGUAGACGUGUGUGUGUGUGUGUGUGUGUGUGUGCGGGAGUGAGAGAAUGUUUGGGAUGGAAAAGUGGGACUGGCACGACCUGCAGCUGUGGUCUUAGCUUUACGCCAUGGGGGGUUGCCAUAGUUACCCCUCAGCUACAGAGGCAGGCAGCAAGAGUCAUCCGUCUGACAUCAGCAAGGGAAAACUGGGAAUUAAUAACAACAAUCUGGAGGAGCGUCCGUAUCUGCAGGAGCAGUACGUGUGCCAAAGAAUCACACAGACACACAUGUCCACCCUCACUACACUGCCUCCGGGUGUCGACAAGACCGAGUGGCUGGCCAGCAACACGGUGGCAUUUUUUAAGCAUGUGAACCUGUUCUCGAGCGCACUGUCGGAAUUCUGCACUCCCUCCACCUGUCCAACUGCAUGUGGACCAGGCAACAUGAUUUACAUGUGGACUGACGACCACGGCAGGAAGCUAAAGUGCUCUGCUCCGCUUUACUUCGACUACGCCAUGUCUUACAUUCAGGACCUGCUCACUGAUGAAGAUGUGUUCCCCACAAAAACAGGUUCAGUGUUUCCUACAGGCUUCUUCUUCCUGGCCCAGAAAGUGUUUUUGCUGUUGUUCAGGACCCUGGCUCACAUUUACUGGUCUCACUACAGAGAGACGGUGGCUCUGGGGCUGCAGGGCCAUCUCAACACACUCUUCACACACCUCACAUCCUUCUGUCGGCAGCACACGCUGCUGGAGCCUGAGGACAUUGAGCCAAUGCUGGACCUCAUCAACGCUCUGGGACAGCAAGACUGAACCUGGACAUGCAUUUUAAUCACACACACAUAUUCACGUAAAUCGCAUUUAUAAAAGUGUAAUGUCUCUCUCUCUCCACUCGGGGCCAAACUCUUGUUUGUAAUUCAGAGCAGAAAGGCCUGUGUGGCUGUUGUUGUAAAUAGUCAUUGUGAUACUGUGUGAAACAUAAAUAUUGCAUGUAUGUGUAUUUUAAAAAUAUUGGUGCAUUAUUAUAUUUUGAUAAGGUCAAGAUCUUCAAGGUCGUUUAUAUAUGUCUCACAGAAAACACAACAUCUCCUGGUGUCUUUUCACAGACAAUUAUGAACAACGGUUGCUUUUUAAAAUAAUCCCACACGCCUGAAUUGGUUUGUGGAGCGACGUGAGCGACAGCGACAUUGACAUUGUUGUAACUGAAUCUGUAUCUUCUCAUGUAUGAUUCUGUAAUAAACAUACAGUAUAUGACAGACCCGUUCUCUGAAUACGGUCAACUCAAAA